AUCACUCUCCCUCUCUCCCACCCCUUUCCCACCCUCUCUCCCACCUCCCCUCCCUCACUCACUCUCACACCAGGCCGCCUAACACGUAGAAAUGGCUAGCGAAGGGCCAAACCCCUUUUCUCACAUCCUGUCUGAAAUAAAGAUUGGAGAUGACAGCUUCAAGUACUACAAUCUUCUUGGUCUUGAGGAUUCUCGCUAUGAACGGCUACCUUUCAGCAUCAGGGUCUUGUUGGAAUCUGCUGUUCGAAACUGUGAUAACUUCCAGGUGAAAAAAGAGGAUGUUGACAAUAUUUUGGAUUGGGAAAAUAAACAGAAUGAUGCCAAAGGAGUUGAGGUACCUUUUCGGCCAGCCCGUGUUAUUCUUCAGGAUUUUACUGGAGUACCUGCAGUCGUGGAUUUUGCAGCAAUGCGGGAUGCUGUUAAAGAAUUGGGUGGAGACCCGAAGCACAUUAACCCUAUUUGCCCAGCUGACUUGGUUAUUGAUCAUUCCGUCCAAGUUGAGUUCUCCAAAACACGUGGAGGGGACGACCCUGGAGGAGGGGGCACUUUAACUGGUCAGUCCUGUGGUCGUUGUGUGAACUAUGGCCACCCGGGCUGUGUUCCAGCAGCAUAUUCAAGGAGAGGGACCCAUGGUCGUUCAUAUUCCAGAUUGCACCAUUCACGUGGGCGAGGGUCACAAGUGCCAAGGUCACGCCCAUCUUCCCCAGUGGUGCAAUCCCGACCCUCUAGUCCCGCUAUAUAUCCUUCUCUAACUUCAAAUUUUCCACAACAAUCUGUGCAGCAAGUGUACCUUAUGCCAACCACUGCGUCUGUGUCAGGAACUGUGAUGGUAGGUGUGCAGCAGCCAUGGCAAUAUCAGCCUCCUGUCUCCACGACAACUCACCAACUCCCCACUUUGAUGACUCAUAUGGCUUUAGGUGAACCAAUAUCAAAUACGCUAAGCUAUCAGCAACAUGCUAUUCCAUGUACAAGUGUAGUUCCUGGUUAUAACCCUCCUGUAUACCCUUCCCCACAUCCAGCCCAAAUGAAUAGAACACAGUGGCCAGUAAGCUAUUACACGGGCUCUCCGUAUAUACAUCAGGGCAACAGACCCAGUAGCCGGCCUACCACUCCAGACCAGUGCCAACUUUCAAACGUGGAGAGUCGUCCAAGCGUUGAUAUCGAAGACAUUUCACUUAGACCUCGUGGAUUAGGCACUUUAAGACAACGGCCUUUCACUAUGAGGAAGAAAGACGACGACGAUUUUGCUGCUAGCAUGUCCGAUACUUCUAGUUGCAAGAGCGACGCUUCAGUGACCCCGUCGUUAAGAUUAUCAAUGUCAUCGUUACCUUCGCCUCUUGAUGUUCCCGGGAUACCCAUACAGGAUGAAGUGUGUCCCUUCCACGAGCGCCAGUCUGAAUGGUCGAGUGCAUUACAAAAAAACCAAGAGAUAGAAUUUGAGCGAAACUAUGAACGCUUUGUAUUCCUCAAGUGGGGAUCACAGGCUCUGAAGAAUUUGCUGAUUGUUCCUCCUGGCUCUGGCAUAGUGCAUCAGGUUAAUCUGGAAUAUCUGGCACGUGUUGUGUUUGACCAGGAUAAACUACUCUUCCCCGAUUCCCUGGUGGGCACCGACUCUCAUACUACAAUGAUCAAUGGCCUGGGGGUUGUUGGCUGGGGAGUUGGAGGUAUUGAAGCCGAGGCAGUUAUGCUUGGGCAAGCAGUGUCCAUGGUGCUACCCAAGGUUGUGGGUUACUGUAUCACCGGUACACUCUCUCCGCUUGCUACCUCAACAGAUGUGGUUCUUACCAUUACCAAGCACUUGCGCCAAGUUGGCGUGGUUGGGAAGUUCGUCGAGUUCUAUGGUCCAGGAGUGGAGCAGUUGUCCCUGGCAGACCGUGCCACAAUUUCCAACAUGUGUCCAGAAUACGGUGCCACUGUUGGUUUCUUCCCAGUUGAUGACACUACUAUCCACUACCUUAGACAGAGUAAUCGUGAAGAAAGCAAGAUUGCACAGAUUGAAACUUAUCUUAAGGCUGUGAAAAUGUACAGGAACUUUAUGGACACUUCUCAGGAUCCAGUUUUCAGUGAGAUGGCAUGCUUAGAUUUGGCAGAUGUAGUUCCUUCUCUCUCUGGCCCUAAACGACCUCAUGACAGGGUGUCCGUUAGUACUAUGAAGGAUGACUUCCGCCAGUGUCUUGGAAAUAAGGUUGGGUUCAAGGGGUUUGGCCUACCAGCUGACAAACAUGACAAGACCAUUCCGUUUGUGUACGAGGGUCAAGAAUACACCCUGAGACAUGGGUCGGUGGUGAUUGCCGCCAUCACGUCUUGUACGAACACCAGCAACCCCUCCGUAAUGCUAGGUGCUGGUCUGUUAGCCAAAAAUGCCGUUGAAGCUGGGUUGAGAGUUGCCCCGUACAUCAAGACAUCGUUAUCGCCCGGGUCAGGAGUGGUGACACACUACUUGCAACAUUCAGGCGUCACACCUUACCUGGCACAACUAGGGUUUGAUAUUGUUGGGUACGGCUGUAUGACAUGCAUUGGAAACUCAGGUCCUCUUCCAGAAGCAAUUGUGGAAGCUAUUGAAAAGAAUGAUCUUGUUUGUUGUGGAGUCCUCUCAGGAAAUCGUAAUUUUGAAGGUCGAAUUCACCCCAACACCCGGGCCAAUUAUCUGGCAUCUCCACUCCUGGUCAUUGCAUAUGCCCUCGCUGGAAGAGUCGAUAUUGACUUUGAAAAGGAACCUCUUGGUCACAGUGAAAAUGGCAAGGCAGUGUACCUGCAGGACAUUUGGCCUCAACGUACCGAAAUCCAUUCAGUUGAGCAAGAACACGUGAUACCAGCCAUGUUCAAGGAAGUUUAUUCCAGAAUUACAACAGGAAAUGAUCGCUGGAAUAAAUUGGAGGCUCCUGAGGGAAUGCUCUACCCAUGGGACUCAAAGUCUACAUACAUCAAGAGGCCCCCAUUCUUUGACGGCAUGACGAAGGAAUUAUCACCCAUUAAAAGUAUUAAGGAUGCACAUGUUCUCCUUAAUCUUGGAGAUUCUGUAACCACAGACCAUAUAUCACCAGCUGGCUCUAUUGCUCGUAAUUCUGCUGCAGCACGUUACCUGGCGUCUCGUGGUUUGACACCCCGGGAAUUUAACUCGUAUGGUUCACGGAGAGGCAAUGAUGCCGUGAUGGCUCGUGGCACAUUCGCAAACAUCAGACUUGUGAAUAAGUUUGUCGGAAAGUCUGGACCAUACACUAUUCACAUGUCAUCUGGAGAAGAGCUUGAAGUGUUUGAUGCUGCGGAACGUUACCGGGAGGAAAAUCGUCCCGUCAUAAUCCUGGCAGGGAAAGAAUAUGGCUCUGGAUCAUCCAGAGAUUGGGCUGCUAAAGGGCCAUUCCUAUUGGGUGUUCGUGCGGUAAUAGCAGAGUCCUAUGAGCGCAUCCACCGCAGCAACCUUGUUGGAAUGGGCAUUAUCCCUAUGCAGUUCUUGGAGGGUCAGACUGCUGAGUCUCUAGGAAUCACUGGGAAAGAAACUUUCAAUAUUGAUCUUCCAGAAGAAUUGAAGACAGGGAUGAUAAUUCCUGUACAGGUCAACAAUGGUAAUUCAUUUGAAGCUAUCUUACGAUUUGACACUGAAGUGGAGCUGACUUACUUCCGUCAUGGUGGCAUCCUCAACUAUAUGAUUCGUAAAAUGAUUCAGUGAACAGAAUAACAUUACAGUACUAGCUUGAAUUUAAAAACAAUUGAAAUGGUGAUAUACCAGUAGAGUUAAAAUGAUUGAAUUUGUUGUUUUUGCAGAGUUAGUUAUCUGUACAUAUAUUCUAUUGAAAUAGAUGACAAUAUUUUUAUCACAUUAUUAUUGCACUUUGCAAAUUAUACGAUGACAUUACCAGAGUAAGAAUAGAUGGAUUUGUUCCAAUUAACAGUGAUACCAUUGAACGGGUCUCUUCUCUUACUAGUUUGUCAUAGUAUACUAGUAUUGUUAUUAGGGUUAUACCCUAACUUUGUGCUUUGUUUUAAUAUAUUUUGUCUUGUUGGCAGGUCAGUACAUAUUUUUUUUUUUUUUAUAAUGAGUAUGGGAUUGUGAUUAAUUAUAUGUAUGAAUUGGCAAGAUUUCUCUAUUUGUGGAAACUUGCAAAAAAUAAUAACUAAAUACUGUAUCUGCAUAAUGUGAUAGAUAUUAUAUUUAAGUGUAUAGCUACCAUGAACUCAUAGAAUACAUUACAUAUACAGAAA